AUGAUUACUACACAUGGGGAUAGUUUGGCUUCAGUUCUGAUAAGCUGUAUAUACAAAUGUAAUGGUUACCGUCGGUGCAUUGGAUUGGAAAUCUGCAAGGUUCAGGAUAAUCUUUUUCAAUGCAGAGCGUGUUGCGCUUGGAAAAUAAUUGGGACGGAAAAUUCAAAUGAAAAUGUGACAAACUGCAGAUAUUUAAGGACGGUGGAAAAACAAAGCACCAAUAAUUUUGAAAGCCGCCCUUGGAUAAAGAUAGACUUACAAAGCACAUUUGAUGUUGAUAAAGUGCUGGUGUUCAAUAGACAGGAUUAUGGUGGCUUUGACAGAUGA